AUGGCCUCCGAAUCUCCCUCCGAACAGGUACAUCAGCCUGGCACCGCCGACGGCUGGCACGGUAUCAUCCCCAGCAAUGCCUUCCCCGCCGAGCCCAACCGCUACCACCUGUACAUCGGGCUGUUCUGCCCGUUCGCGCACCGCGUCAACUUCGUCCGCCACCUGAAGGGCCUCACCAACAUCAUCCGCACCAGCGUGGUCAAGCCCUACCCCAAGGGCGACUCGAAAGGCUGGCCCGGGUGGAAAUUCCCGGCUACCGACACCGAGUACCCCGGCGCGACGGUGGACAACCUCUUCGGGGAGGACUACCUGCACAAGGUGUACUUCCGGGCGGAUCCGGAGUACAAGGGACGGUACUCGGUGCCAUUACUGUGGGACACGAAGAGCAACACGGCCGUUGCCAACGAAAGCAUCGACAUUCUGCGCUGGCUGCCCCGCGCCUUCGACGCGCACAUCCCGCCCGCCCUCGCCGCGAUCGACCUGUACCCGUCCCACCUGCGCGCCAAGAUCGACGCCAUCAGCCCCUGGCUCCAGGCCGACCUCAACACCGGCGUGUACAAGGCCGGCUUCGCCGAGACGCAGGAGGUCUACAACGAGAAGGUGAUCCCGGUGUUUGGGGCGCUCAACAAGCUCGAGCGCCUCGUCGCCGCCCACGGGGGACCGUUUGUGCUGGGCAAGGAGAUGACGGAGCUCGACGUGCUGCUGUACGCGACGCUGAUUCGGUUCGACACGGUGUACGUGCAGCACUUCAAGUGCAAUCUCGGGACCAUCCGGCAUGAUUAUCCCGUGUUGAAUAACUGGCUGAAGGGGAUGUACUGGGAUGUGCCGGCGGCGCGCGCGAGUACGGACUUCCGGCAUAUCAAGGAGAAUUAUACCAAGAGUCACGAGAUGAUCAAUCCGCGGGCGAUUACGCCGGUCGGGCCGUAUCCGGAUGUUGAGGAGGGGGUGGAGCGGGAUUGGGGGGUGUUGAGGGUGGGAGGGGUGAAGCACCCGAAGGUUUUGGAGUAUGAGGCUGGGAUUCCGGAUGCGGAGGUUUAG